AUGUCGAAUAUUAAAACUGAAAUGGACGUGGACAAUCCAAACAAACGGUACGGCUUAAAAGCAACGCUGGCACAAGUUAGUAUAUCAUUUAAAUGUAUUAUUUUUUUAAGAAAAGCGGGUAAGUAUAUUAUAUUGUUUAAAAAAUUACGAAUCAACACACAUUCGAAUAUUAUUACAUAGAUUUUGGCAACUUUAGCCCAGAGUUUUCUGUUGAUCGGUUUGGGCAUGGAACUGACGAUGCCGACCGUUGUUAUUCAGGAAGUAUAUCAAAACUCAAAAAGUCAAUUCUCGUUAACGCCCACAGAAGUCUCGUGGUACGGUAAGUCUGAUUAAUUUUACUGCACCAUAUAUAUAUAUAUAUACAAUUUACGAAAAUAAUGCUUUAAUUAAUUACAAUUUUGGAUUUGUUGUAAUUUAGUUAAAAUAUUCAUAGAAAUUUAGACAGAAAAUUAAUAUUUGUCUUUUUAGACAUGGUAAAAUUUUCAAAAUAUUUUAGCAAUAUUUGAGUUAUCUAUAGAUAUAUAUUGCAAGUUUUAUUUAUGUCAGUCCCUAAAAAACUCAAUACUACAGUAAUUUAUUGAUUUAUUUUAGUUACCUCUCUACCUUACAUAUUGUUAUUUGUUAUUUACCUAAUCAAUUACUCUUGGGAUUUGUUUUGCAAUUUAAAAUAAUUUAUUUAGGUGUUAUACCUACAUAUUAACACUUAAUGUAUUUUUUGUGUUAUACUCACAAAACUACAUUUUUAACAUUAAAAUAGGCAUCAAGUCUGGCAACGUUUGACAAAACAUUUGCAAUUUUAAUUAUUUUAGUUUUUGCCCUUUUACGAUUCUCUGUACCACAUUUAAAUUAUGAACAUGAAUUUUUUUUUUUAUUUCGGUAACUACAUUAUCUUAUAUUUCUACUUUAAUUAUAAUUAAUUAUUACAUUUUAGUCAACAAGUUAAAUAUAUACAGGGUGUCUAAUACAGAGUAGUAAUAUCUUCGGAGAUAAUAAAGAUAAUCAAAUUUUGUUUUAUUUUUUAUAUAUAUUACUCAUAGAUGUAAGGACUACGUAUACUUAUAUUGCAAUUUAUUUUUUAUGCUUUGAUAAAAAAAAAUAACUUAAUUUUAUUAUUUUUGACAAAAUUGAAAAUAGCCAUUUUAUAGAGUUUAUUUUUUUGAAAAUGUUGAUUUAUCAACUUCUUAUUUUCAUUAAAUUCGUGAUUUUUAAUAAUUGUUUUAAGUUCAGAAAAAAGUACCUACAAUAAUUAUGCAGGAGACUAUAGUCGCAUUUACUAAUUGAUUAUUAUUAUUACGAUUAAUUGACUCUACACUUCUUGUCUCUGAACUUUAAACCAUUAUUCAAAACCACGAAUUUAAUGAAAAUAAAAAGUUGAUACAUCAACAUUUUCAGAAAAAUAAACUCUAUAAAAUGACUAUUUUAAAUUUUUUUCAAAAAUAAUAAAAUAAAAAGUUAUUUUUUCUAAGUUUUUUAUCGAAGCAUAAAGAAAUUGAUUGCAGUAUACAUAUUUGCAGUCUUUUCCCCUAUGAAUAAUAUACAAAAAAAAAAAAAAAAAAAAAAAAAAAAAAAACAGAAUUUGAUCAUCUUUAUUAUCUCUGAAGAAAUUACAAUGGGUAUAUCUUCGUGGAACACUCUGUAUAUAUCAAACAAUAUUAAAAAAUAUAUUACAUAUUAACAUAUUACGUACUAUAAUAUACUACUAUACUAAUUCAAUUUUCCUUGAAGUAUUUGAAAAUCAAUCGCUUAUUCUUUUUAUCAAUUACUAAAAUAAUUAAUAUUAGGUACUGUAGGUGGUAUUGAGCUUUACGAAAGUACAUUAAGAUUAGAUUAUGUAUCGCUUAUCUAAACACAAUAUAAAUAUAAAACAUACCUUUUUAUUUACUUGUGUUUUGUUAUCGCAGUGACAUAUGAACGUUGUACAAGUUUCAAAUGUAAUACCUAGGCAUUUAAAACUAUUCAAUUUUAUUUUAUAAAAAAAAUUCGGGGGGGGGGGUUGUUCUGAACCCUAAACCCCUCGCCCUGGCUAUAGCCUUGAUACCUACUAUAGAUAGGUAUUUUUAUACCUAAUAAUAUGCACUACACCAUGUAGCUUGAAUAGGUAAUUAAAAAUAUGAACUCGUACUCACUCAGACAUUCAGAUGGAUAUGGUAACUAACUAGAUAGUGUAAACUGUGAAAUAAAUUGUUGUCAAAUCAAUCGACUAAAACACUUACAGUUAAGCGGGUUUUACACAUAUAAGAGUUUUAAUUGCGUGAGGGCUUUCACGCAGGAAAGAAUUUCCGUCCAAAAGAAUUUAUUGCAAGAUUGACCGCGUUAAAAACUUUAAAUGUUUAUGAGCGCUCUUGCGCAUAGUUGAUCUUUUUAUUAUUUUUGUGACGACGUGCCGUUCAAUCACAGUCGAUUGGUAACCGAUUCUUUAACUGUUACAGCUAUUAUUAUAGUAUAAUAAUAUGACGAAAUAGUGAAUCUUUGCAAGCUCAAUACUCCAGACGUCGAUAGAGAUAAAUUCGAUUGUAUAAUAUCACUUUCAACUCCUACUGCAACACUAGGUACUCCUUAAACCGUUGUAAAUUCAAAUAAUUCACGCGCCAUGCAUUUACGCGUUCAAAACGGCCAGAUACACUUUAAACGAACGUUUAUAGCGAAGGAUGAAUGAAAAGAAGGGAAGUGCGUGGCAAAGAAUUUUACAACCAGUUCUUGUGCGUGGACAAGUCUUCGCUCAAGUCUGUAUGUUCUCGGAGUGGAGAAAAGCUUUCGCGUGUAAAUUUAGCAUUACAUUAUUUUAAAAACUGUACAAUUUUAAUACGCUGUUCAAUAAAAAUAAUGCCACUUUCAUAGUUUAACAAGACGCAAAGAUCACAUUAUCAUUUAGUAGACAGCGUUUGACAACAAAUACUUGUUACCUGACAUCAUGCAACAUCAUGGAAAUGUUUAGUGCCUGUAUAAAUUAAAUAUAUUAAUAUUAAUCAAUGGUUUAGAUAUUAGGUAUUCGACAAGGUGGAUAAACACCUUGGUAUUCGAUAAACCACGGGGACGUGGAGAUGUUGAUUACACAGAAUACCUGUGUUGUUAUUGAUAGCAUGUUUUGUUGACAUAAAUUUGCCUGUCAUUGUAAAUCUGCAAAAAAAACUCCCAUUAAAAUUUUCUGUCUGCCAAAAAAAGAAAGAAAAAAUGUUGUCUGAAGCAAUUUCCCCCCUUUGGCCUCCAUCUAAAUACACGACAAUAUGUUGAGGUAUGGUAUGAAAAAACCUUAGCAUUUUUAAUAACCAAAAAGGAGUUUUCGAGGAAAAAAACCUAUUGUUGUAAAACUAGCUAAUAGCUUUUUCAUUUUACUCAAAAUCUUAUAUAAUUAUAACAAAAUAAUCAACUAAUAUGAUAUUGUUAUUCUAUUUCAUUGUACAGGUAGUGUAUUGUAUGUAUUUCAUCCGAUCGGAAGUUUUAUAUCCGGAUUUUUGCAAGAAAGGUUCGGGAGAAAACGCUGUAUGAUUUUCGCAAACGUGCCCAGUAUCUUUGGAUGGAUAUUAUUAUAUUAUUCGCACACUACGAUUUCACUUUAUACGUCGACCGUGCUGAUGGGCAUGAGCAUAGGAUUCAGCGAAGCUCCAAUAUUAUCGUACGUCGGUGAAAUAACCGAACCGAAACUCAGAGGAUCUAUGACUUCAUUAGCGAGUAUGACAUCCAUGCUCGGCUCGUUAAUUGUAUUUACUUUGAGAUAUUAUUUUUCCAAUUGGAGGACAGUGGCGUUGCUGAGUACACUGUGUCCGUUGACAUGCAUAUGCCUAAUUUUAUUAGUAUGCUCUUGUUAUACCUACCGACAUUAAUUUAAUUAAUUUCCGGAAAUUCAAGUCAAAAUUAAUACUUGCAAUGUUUUUUUUUUCCGUUUCGUUUAGAUACCAGAAUCUCCUAUAUGGUUGGUCGGAAAAGGAAAAAUCGAAAAAGCCGAAAAGGCAUUGUGUUGGUUAAGGGGAUGGGUGGACAGUGAAACAAUUAAAUCUGAAUAUUGUGAGCUUAUCCGUUACAACGAACUUUCUGGAACACGGGGAAAUGAUGGCAAAGUUAACACUGGCGAUACGGGCUUGUUUGUAAAAUUAAGGGAAUUUAAAGAUCCGGCCGUUUAUAGACCUCUGCGAUUGGUAAUGGUUUUGUUCUUGAUAUCGAACAUGAUCAGUCUUGCGCCUUGCAAACCGUUUAUCAAUAACAUCAUGACAGAAAUUGGUAUAUUGGACGAUCAAAAUCUGAUUUUGGUACGUAUAUACGCGUAUACGGAAUACAACAUAAACUUAAAUAUUAAAUUUAAAAAAAAGAAAAACCAUUGUUUUUGUUAGGUUUGCUCCGGUGUUUUACAAUUCAUCGGAUGUCUUUCCGUAAUGUUACUCAUUCGGUACUCGGGAAAAAGAAUCAUGUCUCUAUCAUCGUUUUCGAUAAGCACCGUAUUGGUGUUGUUAUUCGGUGUAUACAUCGUAGCCUUGAAGAGUAAUUAUAUUGUCUCGACUCCUUGGAUUCCAAUAACGAUAUAUUGCGGAAUUUCUUAUUUUUCCACUUCCGCUGUCGGUUUACCCUGGAUGCUAAUUUCCGAAAUUUUUCCAAACAAGUAAUGAUAUAUCAAAUACUAUAUAGGUAUAUACAUAGAAUUAUUAUAAAUUAAUGGACGGCGCUUAGAGAGAGAUUGAGAAUGAGAAAGAAGAGAUAAAACUAGAUAGCGACUAUAAUUUAUUAAAAAGCUAAAAGUUAAUUUUUAUUUUGGUAACUUAAAAUAACUUGACUAGUUGAAAAAAAAUGAUAGAAAAUAACCGAGUUAUUUCUUUAAGUAAUAACAUUAUCUUAUUUAUCGUAUAUGUGUGUAUACACCUAUUUUCUUACAAUUUAAAUUAUUUCUAAAAAGUUAUUUUCGAAAAUGUAUACCUACCUAUUUUUUUUUCUAUUAUUUUUUGACGAAGAUUAUGCACUUUAACGUCAAUACCAUUAACACUUAAAACAGGCAUGUGGCCUAUAUGCAGCGAGUUGGAAUACCCUCACGAGUCUUAUAUAGUCAGUCUAUACGAAUUUAAAUAUUAGAGUAAAAAAUAAGUUUAUGAUUACAUUACUAUAGUUAAGGAUAUUUAUCUUAAAAAUUUAACUUUUAAUUGAACUAGGUUAUCAUAUUCCUGGAAAUUUGUAAUUUAACUUAGUUACUUUCAUUAAUUUAUACUUUUAAAUUAACUUAUAAAAAAAAAAAUAACUAAGUUAAGUUAAUUUAAAAUUAACUUUAACUUAACUUAGUUGUUAUUUAUUUUUAUUUUUUUUUAACAAAAUAUCUACAAUAUAUACACAAAUAUGCACAAUAGGUAGGUUUGAUGAGCGACAGAAGAAAAACAAAUAUAAGAAAUCGGUUAAAAGUGAUUCAAGUAGAGAAAUUAUCCAAUGGGGAUAACACCCAACAGGAUAACUUAACUUAAACAAGUUAAAUUGGUUAACUUCCUCAACUAUUAAAAAUAAAGUUAUUGGGACACAGACCUAUUAUCAUGUGAUAGCGCACCACAUAUAAUCAUUCCACUCACAUAGACGACGGCGAAUUGGAGACGAUAAAGACGGAUUAAAAAACUAUAGCAACCAAUGGACAAAGAAGAUGCAUAGAUUUUUUUUUUCUUAGGUUACUUUAUAAAUAUUAACAUUUUAUAAUUUUCGUUUCUUUUUCUUUUUUUACAGGAGCCGAGGUCUUGCAUCCGGCACGUGUGCAGGUUUGGGAUAUCUACUUAUGUUCGUAUUAACAAAGUCGUAUUUGCCCGUAAAAAGUUUUUUGAGCUUGGAGUAUUCUAUAUUCAUUUUUGGUAUUAUCGGCGUUUUCGGAAUAGUAAUUGUAUAUUUUUGUUUGCCGGAGACGGAAAAUAAAACACUAUUAGAAAUCGAAAAUUUCUUUUUAAAGAAUUGA